CGUCUUUUCUCCUGCACGUUUCUCUUCUCCUCAUAUCUUUAGAGCACAAUAACGGAAGCCCACGCGUGUGUUUAUACAGUCCUGGAGCAGCACACAGUCCAACAGUCAGCACCAACAGCAAACUUAUGAGUCCAAGGGGUUGAUCAUGGCGGAUGAUAUGACAGCUCCCCUGCUCACUGAAGAUUAUAGUGAUGAUCAGACACUCAGCCGCCCAACAGUGGCCGUAUUGGGUUCUGGAGAUUUUUCCCGCUCUCUGGCUGUGCGGCUGGUGUCCUCUGGGGUCCGGGUGGUGGUCGGGAGUCGGUGUGUGAACCGUAUCCCGCCGGGACUGUUCCCAGACGCAGUGGCGUUGAGGAACCAGGAGGGGGCGGCAGCACAAGCAGCAUGUGUGGUCUUCCUGGCAUUAUUUCCCGAACACUACGGCUCACUGCUGGGCCUGCGUUCUGUUCUAGCUGGGAAGGUGCUGGUGGACGUAAGCAAUGCAGAAAUGCUGAAUAUUUAUGGGCCGUCUAAUGCGGAACGACUGGCCGAACUGUUUCCGGAAAGCCUGGUGGUCAAAGGUUUCAACACGGUUUCAACCUGGGAGCUGCAGACCGGGGCUCAUGAUGGAAGCAAACAGGUGUUGAUCUGCAGUAACAGCACAGACGGCAAGAGGAAAGUCCUCCAGCUGGCUCGACAGAUGGGUUUCCAUCCGCUGGAUAUGGGUGGCUUGCCUGCUGCCCGAGAAAUCGAAGUCACUUCAUUACGUCUAUUCCCAUCAUGGAGUGGACCAGUCGUGCUCACCUUCCUCCUCUUCCUCUUCUUCUACACCUAUGGUUUUCUGCGGGGGAUUCUGCUGCCGUCUAUUCUACAAGGAUCUCGCGAUCUUUUUUACCGUCUCGCUCUGGAGCUGGUGAAUGAGAGUCUGCCGGCGGUCGCGUUGGUGAUUUUGGCUCUGGUGUACUUGGCUGGUUUGUUUGCUGCGUUUGUGCAGCUCUGGAGGGGAACCAAAUAUCAGCGGUUCCCAUCAUGGCUGGACAACUGGCUGCAGAGGAGGAAGCAGCUGGGUUUGUUGAGUUUUCUAUGCGCGGCGCUGCACGGUGUCUACAGUGUUUGCCAACCGCUGCGCAGAGUUACACAGCACAGACUCACCAAUGCUGCAUACAGACAGGUUAAAGCGGGUACAGAAGAGCCCUGGGAUGAGCUGGCGGUGUGGAGGUCUGAGUUGUACCUGUCCUGUGGAGUUUUGGGUCUUGGUGUUCUCUCUUUACUGGCCAUCACUUCUGUUCCCUCCGUGGGAAACACACUCAACUGGAGAGAGUUCACAUUUGUACAGUCAGGUUUGGGCUACGUCGCUCUGACCCUCUCCAUCAUGCACACGCUCUUCUUCGGCUGGGAUUUUGCCUUCCACAUUGAGGCGUAUCCGUUCUACAUGCCACCGAUUUUCCUGCUAGCUGCGGUUUUGCCCUGCAUCGUUCUGCUGAGCCGAUGUUUUCUGCUUCUGCCCUGCAUCUCCAGCAGACUUUCACGAAUCCGCCGCGGAUGGGAGAGUAAACGCAACUGCCCAGUAUUCCAACACCACCAUCUGCAGGUCAACGGGGUACCAUAGUAUUCAAUAACAGUUCAUUUGUAUAGCGCUUUUCACAAUAAUUAUUGCCUCAAAGCAGCUUUACAACAGGUGCACAUUAUUGAAUUACAAUCAAAUUCGGGAAAGUUAAGGUUAUUAGUUAGCAUAGCUUUACUAGUUACUAAUGACUUUAACUAAUUAACUACUAAUAGCUUUUUAGUACAUUCACCGGCCACUUUAUUAGUACACCUUACUAGUAGCGGAUUGGACCCUCUUUUGCCUUCAGAACCGCCUUAAUCCUUCAUGUCAGAGAUUCAACAAGCUACUGGAAAUAUUCCUCAGAGAUUUUGCUCCAUAUUGACAUGAUAGCAUCACAUAGUUGCUGCAGAUUUGUCAGCUGCGCAUCCAUGAUGCCAAUCUCCUGUUCCACCACAUCCCAAAGGUGCUCUAUUGGAUUGAGUUCUGGUGACUGUGGAGGACAUUGAACUCAGUGAACUCAUUGUCAUGUUCAAGAAACCAGUCUGAGAUGAUUUGCAUUUUAUGAGCGACCACCAGCAGCCUGAACCGCUGAUACAAGGCAAGAUGGAUCCAUGUGCUAAAAUUCUAAAAUGCAUGGCGCUGCAUGGCGUGGCGAAUCCGGUGUGCGGAUUUCUUCCUCAUGAUAGCCUUCAGUUAUUGUUUAUUGUUUAUUUAUGAAAUAGUAAACGUGUGCAUUAUUAUUAUUCUUUUUUUACCUCAGAUGAUCAUCCUCAGGCUCACUUACUGUCAAUGUCGGGGAAAAAAAAAAGUCAUAUAUUACAAUCUAUAGUCACAUUUUUUAAUGAGUUCGUUAGCUUUUAAGGAAAUUAAUGCCAAAAUAUGUGUUCUUUCUGCAUUAUACAUAUACACAUAUAUACGUAUACAUAUAUAUACAUAU